CUUUUCUCUUUCUUUCUCUCUUACUUUGCAUGCAUUAUAGAUCGAUCGGGACGCGCUGCGUACACGCCCGGGGACAUUUCCACUGGACGCUCAUUAUUGUGAACCCUGUCUUUUCUUGUCUCUUGAUUUAUUCCUUGGUAUAUUAGGUUGCAAACCGAGCGGCAUCCCCAAAACCGUCCACCUUGUACUCGCCGUCCCCCGUUCCCAUCCCCGCCGAGCUCUCUGCAAAAGGCUUCGAAACGAGCCAUAAUGGCCGCUCACCCACAGUCUCCGACCCUCCGCAUGGACAAACUAAUCCAACGCCACCCGCUCCAAAAGCUCCAUUCGCCGUCGCGAGGAGUCUCGGCACUGCUUCACUCGGUCGGGCUGGCCAGUUUCAGCUACAGCUUCAACUGGCUGAGCACGCACCCGAACCACAUCAACAGCGCAUACGGCUGGCACUUCCAGUACCUCACCAUCAUCGGCCUGACGCUCGCGACCGUCACGUUCGUGCUGGGCCUGCUGGCGGACCUGACCCUGUCGCCGCGCCUGUUCGCCGCCAAGAACGUGCUGAGCAUGUGCUCGGCCCCGAUGGAGGUGCUGGUCAGCACGCUGUACUGGGGCCUGCGCGCGAUCGACCCGGAGCUGGUGGUGCCCAAGGAGCUGGCGCUGCCGCUCCCCACGGACGUCAGCUUCCACCUCACCCCGUCGGCGCUGCUGCUCGUCGACCUCCUGCUCUUCAGCCCGCCCUGGACCAUCACCGUCCUGCCCGCCAUCGUGCUCAGCACCGUCAUCGCCUUCCUGUACUGGUUCUGGAUCGAGCUGUGCUACUCGUACAACGGGUUCUACCCCUACCCGCUCUUCGGCAUGUUGGAUCAGACGCAGCGGGUCGGGCUGUUCGGCAUGAGCGCCGUCGUCAUGGCGGGCAACACGGUCGUGCUGAAGCGGGUCUAUGGGUACCUCAACGGCUUUCAGAGGACGGGGGUAGAGGUUCCGGGGAGGGUGAAGAGUUAGAAUCGAUUGAGAAGACGUCCAAGAAAGGGUUAGAAGAUAGAAAUCUGAACAACAGAAGAUGGGCAUCCUUGGGGAGGGUGGCCCGGUCCAGAUUCUGAUAUUGUGAGUGGGAAAGAUGGAGGUUGCAGCCCCUCCGUUAUACGGGCGUUAGAAUGAUUCGGAGAAGGAAGAGGCUCCGUCAGCGCUGCGAUGAGGAUCAAGCAUGUUGGGGGUCGCAAUCUACCUGGUCCGUCUGGAGUGAUUGGGUGCAGAAGGAGGAGUUUACAAGGCCAUGUGCUCCCGUCACACUUUGGAUAAGUGAUUGUCGAACUUCUGCUCCGGUAUCCCGGCGUGAGACUGAUAGAUAGAUGUGAAGCCUAUGGUAUUCUACGAGGACCUCACUCUGAAAUGAGAACGAGAUCUCGUGUAUUCAACAGUACCACGUUCAACCUCCACGGUUUGGUCCGGCAGGAGCAGAGGCAGGUGCCAGGCUCUUCGAAAGCUGUACCUUCUGCAAAAUAGGUACAUAGACUCUUCUCUCACUGAAUCUCUGAAUACGCGCUGAGCGCCAACUGUCC